UUAUUUCAUGUCAGUCUUCAUCAUUCUGGUGCACUUACAUUAAGCAUUAUUUCAUCAUGGGAUGGGCAAAAUAUGCCAGAGGAAAGCUAUCUUUGCCUGUAAUAACAGGAAUUUUUUGUGCACUAACAUUCAUUGUUCUAUUGUACACUGAAAGGAUCACUACUUCUUCUUCUGGUUUUCAUUUUGGGAUCAAAACUUGUCCGAGACGAAAUGCUGCAAAGUUGAAAAAACAUCAUACAGGUGUUAUUAGAGAGUUGAAGAGCAGUCCACUAGACAAUCCAACAGAUGAUAGGUUCGUGUUUGAUCCCGAGGAAUGCAGCCUCAAUAACGGAAAAUGGGUGUUUAAUACUACGAUUAAGCCACUAUACACAGAUAGAACUUGUCCAUAUAUUGACAGACAAUAUUCUUGUACUAAGAAUGGACGAGACGAUUCAGAUUAUCUUCACUGGGAAUGGCGGCCUGAUGACUGCAUCUUGCCAAGGUUUGAUCCGACGAUUGCCCUUAGAAAACUCCAAGGAAAGAGGAUAAUGUUUGUAGGAGACUCAAUACAGAGAAAUAUGUGGGAAUCUUUUGUGUGUUUGGUUCAAUCUGUGAUCCCAGAAGGCAAAAAGUCUAUGAAACUAGGACAGGUUUAUUCAGUCUUUAAAGCUAAGGAAUACAAUGCCAGCAUUGAGUUCUACUGGGCACCAUUCUUGGUUGAGUCAAACACAGAUAUUCAUAUAAAAACCGAUUCAAAACAGAGAAUCGUCAAAGUGGAUUCUAUCACGGAGCGUGCCAAACAGUGGUUAGGAGUAGAUUUCCUUGUUUUCAAUACUUAUGUUUGGUGGAUGAGUGGCCUUAAAGCCAAAGCAUUAUGGGGAGAGUUUGCAAAUGGCGAAGAGGGAUAUGAAGAAUUCGAUACUCCUAUUUCUUACAAGCUAGCAUUGAGGACAUGGGCAAAUUGGAUUGAUUCAACCAUCGAUACUAAUAAAACAAAGGUGUUCUUUACCACUAUGUCACCUACGCACCAAAGAAAUGAAGAUUGGGGGAAUAUGAACGGUACGAGGUGUUUCAAUGAGACAAGACCAGUGAUGAAGAAGGGACACUGGGGAGUUGGUUCAAACAAAGAUUUAAUGAAGGCAGUAGUUGAUGUAAUAGGAAGGAUGAAAGUUGCUGUUACUGUUCUUAACAUAACACAAUUAUCUGAGUACAGAAUUGAUGGACAUGCUUCGGUUUACGGUGAAUUAGGAGGCAAAUUGUUGACUGAUAAACAGAAAGCAGAUCCUUCACAUUUUGCAGAUUGUAUACAUUGGUGUUUGCCUGGAGUUCCAGAUACUUGGAAUAGAAUGCUUUAUGCAUAUUUGUAGCAAAAAACAACACUAAUGAGAGAACAAGAAAAAAAGAAUGUAAACACUCUCAUGUUAGAAAAAAACAUACUUUGUUUUUUGUUUGCAAAAUUGUAUGAAUUUCUUGUAAAGUACAUUGAAUCAAUAUGGCAAAGUAAAUGAAAGUUGCCUUCAAAGUUGUUGUAACUCAA